CCUCCACUUAACCCGUCCACAGUCAUGCGCCAGGCCUCAAGCCGCGUUCUCCUGCGCACUGCGCGUCGGCCUCUUACGGCUCCGCUCCUCCGGGUCCCUCUCGCUGCCGCCUCUCCUACACCGCUUUUGUCCGUCCAGCAAACGCGAACUUUCUUUGGGCUGUUUGGCAAGAAGAAGAGGCGCUCUGGGCCGUUUGAGGCCGCCCCCGAGCCGACCGUGAUUCUGGAGCAGGAUGAUCUGUUCCACCCCCUCUCACAGUCGCCGUUCGAGGCGCUGCGGGAAAAGGGCGAGCGCAUCCGCACGUACGCCGUGUGCCCCGUGAGCUACGAAAAGUACCACGAGACCAAGGCAGUCAAGUACGAGUGCCCAGACUGCGGAUUCCCGACACACGCGACCCGUGAACGCUGGGAGGAGGGACACGAGGAGCACUCCGAGUCCUGCCCGCGCCUUCGUGAGGUUAAUGAGGACGAGCACGACCUGCGCUCAGGUCGGCGCGUAGUCGAGUAUGAGAACAUGCCUGGUGUCCAGCCGUAUGAGCAGGCGGUCAACCUGCAGACGUGGGACACUUUCUUCUUCACGCGUGGGUUUGUGUCGAUCAACUCGCAGCGCGCCAUGCGUCACGUCUCCAAGCUCCUCACCUACCCUAUCUCGGUGCUGUCGGUGCUGCACCAGAAUGGCCCCUUCACGGCAGGCAACGGGCGGAUCACCACCGAGGGCCGGCGAUCAAUGGCCGCCAUCCACUCGAUUCUGCACCCGCCUCCUGGCACAUCUGCCGAGGACAUUGACAUUCGGCCCAUGGCCCCGUUCCGUAUCUUCUUGCUCGGGGCGCGUGGAGAGUCGACCCUGCCUGCCGACAUCUGGCUCCAGCUGGCGCACCUGUUCCCUCGCACGCCUUUCAAUGUCUACUUUAUCGGCCCCGAGGCUGGCAUCCCGCUCGUGAACAAGUCAGGCCGCCAGCACCUGAAAAUGUCCGAGGACGGGUCCAAGUACGGCGUGCCGAGCUGCACAGUCAACGUGACGCCGCAGCUGCGCCUGAUCUCGCUCAAGGCGCCAUAUGAGGCCGUGCACAACCAGCUCGGCCCAUUUGACCCGUACCAGGAUGUCUUCUUUGCCUUCUCGCCAGGACUUGGCUUCCCCGAUCAGAGCCUGUUGGAUCCUAACAACCCGACCCCCGACACCAAGAAUGGGGAGCAGCCACUCGUUCAGGCGCAGACCAGCUGGAAGUCGACGCUCCAGAACAUUCUCGAGACCAAGUGCGGCCUCUUCUUUACCGCCUUCUCGCCAACGGACCUGGCGCGCGAUGUUUCGGCCAUCUUCGGCACCCAGCCGCCUACCACUGCGCCGGGUCAGCCGUCCGAGUACCCCUCCAACGUGCAGCUUCCGACCAAGCCGAUACCGCCUAUUGAGGGUGUGAGCGACGAGUUCGAGCUCAUCCUCACUCCCGGCACCAACCCCUUCGCAUCGCGCAAGUGGGAGGUUGCGGACUGGGACACGCGUGUUGCUGUCAAGACCAACUGGGGUAUCUGGGGCAUCCGCGGCAAGAAGUACGAGGUUGUUGACGCCGAAGAGGAAUCGGCGUAGCACCCGUGACAGGGAACCACCAUCGCAACGUAUUGUAGAUUUGCAUGCAUACCACUCUGCAUUGGA